ACCUGGGUGCACCUCGCUUGUCAUGGAAAGCAGGACCUCGAGCAGCCUUACAAUUCACGUUUCGCCAUGAGAGAUGAACCUCUCACGCUGCUUGACAUCAUGGAGAACGACACUCCGCACGCUGAAUUUGCGUCCUUAUCAGCAUGUCAUACCGCCGUCGGCGAUGAAGAGACACCCGACGAAGUCAUCCAUCUCGCAGCUGGACUCCAAUUUUCUGGGUUCAAGAGCGUCAUUGGCACUCUGUGGGUGGUUGAUGAUGCUGUCGUGAAACACGUGGUCGAAGCUUUCUACGAGAAUAUGUUCAGUGAUUUGGAGGACGGUGGUGUCAUGGACUGUACAAAAGCGGCCUGGGCGCUCAACCGUGCUACAAAUGCCGUGAAGGCGAAAGUACCGCUUGAGCAGAGGAUGGUUUUCAUUCAUAUUGGUGUGUAGUCUCAUGUUGUACUUUCGUCUGGUACGGUUUCACGGUUUUGUUUAUAUU